AUGGCUGACAAAACCAGGAUGAUGAAGCCUUCAAAGCGGAUUCUUAUUGCAUCAAGGGCUGAGCUGGAAACAAUGAAAAUGAAACCAAAAGUCCUUCUGGAAAAGGAGCAGAAACAGAUUGCAGAACAACGAGAAGCAUUUGCUAAAAGGGCUAAAGAAGUUAAAGAAGCCAUGAUUAAAAUGGAUAGAAAACGAAACGCAAAGGAUGUUUUAUUGGAGCAACGAGCACAAAGCGACAUUGAAGCUGAUGCAGGAAUUGCACAAAAAAAGGCAGAUAUGGAAGAGUUCAGAAAGAAGUGUCUGGAAGAACUGGAAGAGCGCCGGUUUCAUCAAACAGAGCAAGCUGCAAAAUUCAAUAGAGGAAUCCUGUCGUCACACAUGGCGCAGGUGAAUAAAACCCUCAUCGAAAUUAAAAAAACUAAAGAGAAAGAGGCCAAAGAAGAAGAGAAAAAGUUCUGGAGAAAGAAAGAGGCUGAAAACAAAGAAGCCCUUCAACAAGAGCAGGAGAAAGCUCUUCAGAGAAGACUUAAAGCCCAGGCUCUCGCUGAAGAACACAGACAGAAAAUCAAGGAGAAAGAACUGCUUAAAGAACAAGAAAAAAUGGCCCAAAAGAAACAGGAAGCUGUUUCUUUUGGGCCGAUGGCGAUGAGUGAACAGGAGAAAAAACAGUUUGUAGAACAACAAAGGAAAACCCUUUUGAAAGAAAGAGAAGAUCAACUGUCCAUGAAAAAGGAAAUAAGAGAAAAAGAGGAGGAAAGACAGAAGCUGGAGGACAGUAAAAUCAAAAUUGUUCAGAAAGAGCACGCAGAGAAAGCUGCCCAAAAUAAAUCUGAACAAGCUGAGAAGUUUGCAAAACUGCAAGUCCCGAAGCACAUGGCCAGGGAGAAACUGGCAGACAUGAAGAAGAAGCAGAGCGCUGACGAGGCCCUGAAAGAGGAGAGGCAUCUGAAAGCCGUGGCAGAGAAAACUGCCAAAGACCAACAGGAGAUCAAAAUGAAGGAGAUAAAGAAGGCAGCAGAGCUUCAGUCCAUCGCCAAUCACAGAGAAACUGUAAGAAAAGAACAGCAGCUGAAGAAAACGGUGGCCAAAGAGGAAAGCCUGGUCCAUCUGAAAGAACUGAAGGAAGCUGACAGGUUGUUUCAGGAGAAGGAACAACUGGAGGCAAAGAGCAGAAGAGAAAAGUGCGUCAAGGUCAAAGAGGAAAAUAAAACUCUCAUAGAUGAGAAACGUGCCCAAAAGCAGAAGCUGGAGCAGGAGGACAAGGCAUUUGAGAAGAAGCAAGCAGAAACCUUCGCUGAGAAGGAGCAAAAGUUCCAACGAUACGUCAAGGAGGAAUUAGACAAAGCUUUAGGGGGAGGACAGACUUCUCGUCCUCUUCUUUUAGCUUUGCGGGCAGGGGAUGUGAAGAGAACGAGCUUCUUUUCAGUUCAAGGCAAUGUGUUGCCCAGCUAUUCCACUGCUGAAACCCAGGAGAUGAGGGAACAGCAGUAUCACAAGAAGCUACAGCUUGGGACUGAAGUUCUUCCUCAGGUGACCAAUGAGGUCAAUCAGCAGGAGACCGGGCGGCUGCUGACAAAGAGAGACUGCCUGGCUCCCACUAUGCUGAAGACCCCAAAGACGAGCAGCACUGAGGUUCUACCGCAGGUGACCAAUGAGGUCAAUCAGCAGGAGACCGGGCGGCUGCUGACAAAGAGAGACUGCCUGGCUCCCACUAUGCUGAAGACCCCAAAGACGAGCAGCACUGAGGUUCUACCGCAGGUGACCAAUGAGGUCAAUCAGCAGGAGACCGGGCAGCUGCUGACAAAGAGAGACCCCAAUGAGGUCAAUCAGCAGGAGACCGGGCGGCUGCUGACAAAGAGAGUCCGCCUGGCUCCCACUAUGCUGAAGACCCCAAAGAUGAGCAGCACUGAGGUUCUACCGCAGGUGACCAAUGAGGUCAAUCAGCAGGCGAGCGGGCGGCUGCUGACAAAGAGAGUCCGCCUGCCACCCAUCAUGCUCAAGACCCCAAAGACGAGCGGGAUGAGCAGGACCUCAAAAGACACAGGGGCAAGCGUUGACCUCCCACCACUCCCGUCUCGUGCUAUGAGGCGCUGA